AUGCAAUCGUCCAAUCAUCUCAACUGUGGAUUACACAGCCGUUCAUCGGUGUACCAUAGAUCACAUAGAAUCACUAACCAAGCUACCAAAUUGCUGCCACUUAUCGGAUGCGCUAACAACUGGAACGCUGUUCAUGUUGCUAUCGACCUAUCAUCUUACCAGCUGGUUAUCGUGAUCCAGCGCCGAGAACAGUCGCCGCAAUCGGAUAUCAUCAAAGCUGAUAACCAAGUUCCACAAACAAGGUGUGGCGACCAAUCUCAGCGAACAACCCAGGUAUCGUGGAGUCACGUUCAUCUCACAAAACUGCAACGGUGCAACGAUUGUGGUGUCGAGUAUCACGAUUUGCGCUUAGUGCCGUUCGAGCAAAAGGCGUUGCGCAUAUAG